AUGAAGUCUCUCGAGCUUCGCCUGCCUCGCACAUUCCAGUCUCUGGAGCUGAACAGUGAAGAGUCAAGAUGGGCGAAUGCAGAUAUUCUCCCCUGCCCUGAGGAGCACCAAACUUUCACGAACCGCGCUUUUCUCGGAUACUGGGUCGCUGCAGGUCUAAACACUACUGCAUGGGCGCUGGGAUCGAGCAACUUGGCUAGCGGGCUGGACUUGGGCGGCGCUCUCGGUGGCAUCGCUGUUGGAGGUGUUCUGUCUGGCAUCGUCGCCUACCUCUGCGGAGAACCGGGUGUCCGUUACCAUCUGGGAUUCUCGAUGAUGAGCAGGUCCACGUUCGGUAUGUACGGGGCGUGGUUUGUCAUCAUGUUGAAAUGCUUCGUCAACUUCAUCUUUUUUGGCAUCCAGGCAUAUUGGGGAGGCCUCGCUGCCAACGUGGUUCUCUCCUCCAUUUUCCCCUCUUUCCACGGCUUGGCCAAUACCUUGCCCGAGUCCGCACAGAUCACCACUCAACAACUGAUCGGUUUCGUCAUCUAUAUGGUCGUGUUUACGCCGAUCAUGUUCGUGCAUCCUUCAAAACUUCAACCUGUACUUGCAAUCUCUCUCGUGACCACAACAUGCACCGUCUUCUCCCUGUUCGUGUGGGCAGUUGCAUCGAACGGUGGUGCGCCUCUGGCUCCGCCCCUGAAAGAGAUCUCCGCAAGCACUCGCUCAUUCCAGAUACUACGGGCCAUGUCGGCCGUCGCAGGCGCGUGGACUGGAGCUUGCAUUCGUCAAUCCGACUGGACUCGCUUCGCCAAAACCAGCCGGGCACCCAUUGUACAUCAGCUCGUUUCUGGUCCGGUGACGGUGACAAUUUGUGCCGCCCUCGGCGCCUUUGCUACCAGCGCCAUCAACGACAUGUAUGGAAGACUGAUCUGGAAUCCCAUCUCGGUCCUGCAAUUCUUACUGGAAGACAACUACAACGCCUCGACCCGUGCAGGUUGUUUCUUCGCCGGGAUGGGCUUCUUCAUUUCGCAAGUUGCGACGAAUCUGGUGCAGAACUCUGUCUCCUGUGGCAUGGACCUUGCGGCACUCGCCCCUAGGUGGAUCGAUGUAACGCGUGGAAGCCUCAUCAUGUGUCUUGUUGGCUAUUUGAUCAACCCGUGGCGGUUCGUCAAUGCUCCCGGGACUUUCAUCACCAUUUUGAGUAGCUUUGGCAUGUUUGUUGCUCCYCYCGCCGGAAUCAACGUCGCGGACUUCUGGCUUGUUCGACGCAAGCAUUGGAGUGUGCCUGACUUUUACAUUGGAACGAGCGAGAGCAUCUACUGGUACACCGCCGGUCUAAACUGGAGAGCGUUUGCUGCCUGGAUUCUUGCAGUCUGGCCGUCAUUCCCUGGCUUCAUUGCCGCAACCGGUUCGAUCAGCGUGUCAACCAACUGGGAGAGAUGCUUCUCGGUGACUUGGGUCAUCGGAUUCUGCGGAGGGGCUACGCUGUACUACGCCAUCUGUCUCGUGGCACCCCCGCCUGGUAGACCAUUCGAGACUGUGCUGAUUGGGGAGAGAGCGAGUGACCACCUCAGCGGUACAAGUGUGCUGACGGAGAUACAAACGACACAGGAGCAAAAGGGGCCUGAAUCUAGCUCCAAGAGCUUGGGAGAUGCUUAG